AUGAUCGGAAUGACCCUCAACCCUGACAAGUGCAAGUUUCAUGUAACGGAGGUAACCUACCUUGGACACAAACUAACGGGAGAGGGAGUACAACCAGAUCAGACGAAGAUCGAGGCCAUCAUCAACAUGCCAGCGCCGCAAGACAAACUAGGAGUGCAGAGGCUACUUGGAAUGGUGAACUACUUAGCAAAGUUUAUUCCAGCAAUGUCCGAGAUUACUGCACCGUUGAGGGAGCUUUUGAACAAACAAGUUCCUUGGCACUGGACGGCGAAUCAUCAAGCUGCAUUUAAGAAAAUAAAAGAAAUCCUUUCAACCGAUCGCGUUCUGAGACACUAUGACGUCACGAAGCCAGUUGUACUGCAAAUGGAUGCCUCAAGUAAAGGUCUUGGUGCAGUAUUGCUGCAAGAUGGGCUCCCUGUUGCCUAUGCCAUCAGAACGAUGACAACGACACAAAAGAGAUAUGCGUAG